UUCCUGAGGUUCGCUGGGUGCCGGGCGGCGCGCGUCCUUCCCGGCGGCGGAUCGCGUGUGGCCGCCGGUGAUCCGCGGCUUCCAGGGCCCGGCGGACCCGCCUCCGGGGCGGGGAGGGGCGGGGAAGGGCGGGCCCGGGCGCGGGAGCUCCCGCCCAGCUGACCAGGCCGCUCUCCCCUUGCUGGUUGCCGCCCCGGCGUGCAGGGCCCGGACGCCGCCAUGUCGGGCCCGUUCGAGCUCUCGGUGCAAGAUCUCAACGACCUGCUCUCGGACGGCAGCGGCUGCUACAGCCUCCCGAGCCAGCCCUGCAACGAGGUCACUCCCAGGGUCUACGUGGGCAACGCGUCUGUGGCUCAAGACAUCUCAAAGCUGCAGAAACUGGGCAUCACCCACGUCCUGAAUGCUGCCGAGGGCAGGUCCUUCAUGCACGUCAACACCAAUGCCAACUUCUACAAGGACUCUGGCAUCACCUACCUGGGCAUCAAAGCCAACGACACUCAGGAGUUCAACCUUAGCGUCUACUUUGAAAGGGCUGCAGACUUCAUUGACCAGGCCUUGGCUCAAAACAAUGGCCGUGUGCUGGUCCACUGCCGUGAAGGUUAUAGCCGCUCCCCAACUCUAGUGAUCGCAUACCUCAUGAUGCGUCAGAAGAUGGAUGUCAAGUCUGCCCUGAGCAUCGUGAGACAGAACCGUGAGAUCGGCCCCAAUGACGGUUUCCUGGCCCAACUCUGCCAGCUCAAUGACAGACUAGUCAAGGAGGGGAAGUUGAAACUCUAGGGCACCCCCACUGCCUCCUCUCCAGAGGUUGGACAGGGGGAGCCCUGGCUGAGGUGUCCGUAGCUGCCACGUUUAGGAAACACAAUGUACCCUGCUCCCAGCAUCACCAGGCACUUGCCCACAAAUCUGUCCCAACACCGCCCUGGGCCUCUUUCCCCCUGGGGAACAUAUAAAGAAGCUUGCUGAGGGACAGUCUUGCUCCCUGGUGUGUCCUGUGCCUGCAAUUUAUGGUGUCCUCUCCCUGACGUGGGGUCGCGGAGGGGGAAGACCUGCGACAUGCAUGCUUCUGGAGGAGCCAGGGCAGGUCUGUGGAAGUGUGAGGCCUGCAACGCUCACAGGGGCCCUCCUGGCCUCCCCGACUCCUUACGCCUGGGUCCUGUCCUGAGUGGGGACUGUAGCACCUCGAGCCUUGUAAAGGAACUAUGCAAACUCGGGCCCCCCUCGCCCCCGUGUCUGUCUCCCCCGGGCUCCUUGCAGCCGCCCAUCCCCUGCUUGCAGGCAGAGGCACUCCGUGAAGUCUGAAGCUGGCGUGGGUGAAAUUCCCGCGAAGAGACCACAUUUGAAUUGCUCCCUUCGGAUUAAAGAUGCCUAGAUAGACAAAGAGGCCCUCAGGCGGGCAAACGAUUCCCCCCGGAGGUCUCUCCCGAAUCAGCAGUUUCUAAAAUGCGAACCCUUGGGAGGCUUGAGGUCCGAAUCCACGGGGAUAUUUCCCUGGGCCUGCUCUCAGUCACUUGGCUUGUUAGAAGAGCGAUGCCUUGGGCCAUGGUUUAUUUUUCUUUUUUAGAAAACAGGGUGUUGAAGUCCAGCCUAUUUAAAAACCCCACCAUUUGGAGAAUUACAAGGAUUUUGUCCUGAAUUAUAGUGUUGGCCAGCCCAAGCCACUCGUGCUAGCUGCUUUUUGUCUCGGUUGCUAUUCUAAGAACAGGAGGAGGAAGUUGGCCAAUUACAGUUUGUGUGUGUGUGUAUGGGGGGGUGUGUGUGCGCGGGGGGUGGGGGGGGUGGUGGUCUCAGAAACACAGCCAAAGGACAGGCGAGCACGGAGAUGAACGGUCCCAGGCUCACACCCUGCCCACGUACAGGUCGUUCUUAUGGCUCUCUGGUGCCAGAAAAGACACUGGCCCUUCGGAGCAAAAAUGACUCAGCCAGGCAGAAAUGAAGCAUGACGGGGCGUCCAAAUGGAGCCUUUAUCGGUGGUAGAGCAAGCAAGCAAACAAACAACAAGAAACAACUUUUUUUUAGGAAUGCACUAGCUUACACAUGUGUGCGCACGUUUGUCAGAAUAUAAGAUUUUAUUUUCAACAGUCUUGUUAGAACUUUGCAUGAUUGUCGUCAUGGAAAGUGACACAGUGCUGUAUACAGGUUCCCUAACAGCCAUGCCCCCAACACCUAGCACAUAGGUGUCUGUUAGAAGUCUGUGGAAUUAAACGUGUGUUUUUUUUUUGAGCACCAAAUAUAUGUAGGGCAUUGUUCUGGUGGGUGUACCAAGCUCCCAGAAUCCUGAAUUUGUGGUAGGAUCACUUGCAAAGAUUUGCAAAGGAGUCUUGCCUGAAAUGAAAUAUCAGGGACUUUUGUUGAAUAUUCAAAGUUGUUUUAAGUUUAAAUCCAGGCGGUGUUACCACGUGGAGGUGUGGAAUGUGCCUUUCUCAGUCGACCAGGAGCUUUCCGCCAGGACAAGGAGAAGCAGGCGUGCCUUUGGAACUCACUCGCAGGUGGCAAGGUCUCUAUCUCGGCAGGGGCAGCGCUGCGCAGCCUGGGCUGCACUUUUCUCUGUGGCCACAGCAGCCCUGAUAUGCUGGCUGCCCAGAGAGAGCCACCCAAGUGAAAUGGCCAUCCUCUAAACUCUGUACCUCAGUUUUCAGAUAACCCUCCCCCUUAAUCCAGCUUGAUCCUCACAAUAACCCUAGCUGGUGGAUCGUCAUGUAUUGUUACCUUAAAAGAAAAAGGAGCUGGGGUUCUGGGGUUCAGGGUGAUUAAGGACAUGACCCCCUACAUUGCCCAGUUUAAGGCAGAAUUGAUGCAAUAUUUCAGGUUUGCUGCUUCCUGAAGCUGAAUUCUUUCUCUCCUACGACACUCCUCAAGAAAUGAGCUCCCCUACCCCACCCCCCACCCCCACCAUGUCCAGGUGUGCUGCACCUGCCCUUGACCCAGCCCAUGUGUGCAAGGGCCAGUUAGCUUUGUGGACAGAGAACGAUUCAAGCUGUGGUGCCAAGGGAGGUCUAGUGAAGGUUGAGACAAAGUUGGCACAAAGCCAUCCGUAGUCCAGGAACAGGAAGUAAAAGACUGGGUUCGAAUGUGUGACUCUUCUAGGAAACACGUAGCAUCCCUAAGCCAGAGCUUUCUGCCCCACUUCUGGAAGAGGCUCCGGAUAUGGGGCCCAGGCAGUGGUCACCCCACAGGACAGCCACAGCGACUUAGGAGCUCUUGAAGGCCUGUGCAUGGGGGCCUGAGGGAAAAAAGUCAGUGGGAGAAUUAUUGCCUUUACUUUGGGACUACUUUUUGCUGAUAACUGGGAUUUCUUGACAGUCUGUAGGCUCAGAAUCCCCAUAUUUACUUCACAAGAUUUAGCUCCUAGUUCUUUGAGUAAAGUAACAUCAAAUUCUAGCGUGUAAGAGUCAACAUGCGCCCAGCGCUGAGGAGAAGCUGUUCCUGGGCAGCUUUACCCCUGGGAAGUGAUGGACUAGGAACUGAGGGUGCCCUCCCUCCCUCCCUGACAUGAUCCCUUUCUUCGACUAGCAGACCCCCAAAUUAGAGCACCAGGCGUCUCCUCUGCCUAAAGCAGUACACGUGCCACAGGCUGGUCUGUUUCCCUGCCACUCUGGAUUACCUGGAGAGCAUAAAUCAGCAUCUACAAACAAGGGGACUCUGACACGAGGGUUCUCUAAGAAUCCCCACUUGGAAUUGACCACCACUGAAAGUUAGAGGGUGUGUCAAAAUGGUGACCGCCAGGUGGCGCUGCGUUCCACCCGUGGUGAGGGAUGAUUUGAAAAUGAAUGUUGGUGCCUUCUGUGUCACAAGUUAAUGUUAAGAUGCUAAUGUUUUAAUCAGAAUAAGCACUGAUCUUAUAAUAAAGAUAUAAGCUUUUCUCGCAGGAGAUUUCCUGUUAUAAAACCGGUGUCAAGUAUCACUGAAGAGCCAACGAUGAUGGUCCUUCCAAGUCAAGAUUUUAUUCUGAUUGGGUUAGAGGCCGAGGCCGUCUCCGGCGGAGAGAGCAGAUUGGCUGGAAGCUUACCUUCCCUCCUGUCAGCUUUCAGGGUAACCUGAUUGUGAAAGUAACAAAUUUUCUGGACAGAAAAGGGGGAAGGUAUUAAAUGGUUUGUUUUUUAAAAUAAGUUUAAUGUCUGUUAUAUCACAAAUCAGUGUUAAAAUACUAAUACUGUAACCAAAAUAAAUGUCUUAUAUUACCAAGAAA